AUGACAGAUUAUAUGGCUCAAAUGCUCAAUGAGCUAAUGGGUUCGCAGCGCAACGCGCUUCCCGGCGAGCGUAAAGAAGUGCGUUUCGAUGAUCCCGAUGUGUGCACCGAUUUUCUCGUUGGUUUCUGCACUCAUGAAUUGUUUAGAAACACAAAAAAUGAUCUAGGCUAUUGUCGAUACCCAGUGCACGACGAAAACAUGAAAAAGCAAUACCAAGAAAGCGAGGAGAAAUAUCGAUUAAAAUUCGAGGAGCGAUUUCUGGAGCGCAUUCGUCGGAUUCAUGACGACGUGCAGAGGAAAAUCACCAAACACCAAGAGCGAUUGCUUCUAACUCAAGGCGACACGAGCCAAGCUGAAGAGGUGUUUCAACGAAAACUUGCGGAAAUCUCCGAUCGACGCGAGCAAAUCAAUAAAAGAAUCGAGAAUUUAAUGGAAGAAGCCCAAUUAGAAGGCGAGAAGGGCAAUGUGCAAGCGGCGCAGGCGGCAGUGGAGAAGGCCGAUCGAGCAAAAGCGGAUCGCGAUGAGCUGGAUGAGGAAGAAGCUAAGAUACUCGAUGAGAAGGCGAGAGCGAUAUCGAUGGAGGAGAAUGUCACCCAAGGGAGUCGGCAGAUGUCAGUAUGUCAGGUUUGUGGUUGUUUUAUGCUUCAAAACGACGCUCCUCAACGGAUCGAUGAUCAUUUAAGCGGCAAAUUACAUCUCGCCUAUCAAACAAUCGCGGAGACCAUCACCAAAAUGGAGGAGGCGAUUCGCGAGAAGCAUUCGAGAAGGAAAACCGACGGCGAUGAGAAGAGGAAAGAUCGGAAGCGCGAGAAUGAGAGGAAACGGUCGCGAAGUCGCGAUCGGAAUCGAGACAAUCGGAGGUAUGAUCGAGAUCGGAGGGAUCGCGAUCGAUAUCGGGAUGAUAAAAAGCGAAGGGUUAGUUUCAAGUUUUAUUGUCAAUUGUCGAAUCCGACCGAAAAUCCGAUACCGCCCGCCGCACUGGAAUUCGGAAGACGAUCGCAACGGUUUGCCAGACCAGACCAAGGUUUGAAGCUUGAAUUAACGUCGGAUGUAAUUAAUGAAGCGCUGGAAUUUCCGGAGGAGUUUGAUUUCAAUGAUAAAAGCGCAAUUCACUACACGAAAGAGUUCAUCAGAGACGUGACGGGAUUCGAGGAAAAAGUCGAGCUCGCCACAAAAUUAAUUUACGAUGAGUCAACUCAGUCAAUCGCCGAGUAUUUGGAGCUCGACGAGGUGGCGUCGGGCUCAAAUCUGCCGAUUUCGGUGUUUUGUCCGACCGAGACGUUCGGAAGACUGCGCACGGCGUUGGUGCAGUGCAAUUUCACAGACAUUUCGCGUUUUAUUCGUGAUCUGCACGCGAAAUUGGUCAAAAAUCGUCGACAAGUCGAUGACGACGAGGAGAUCGUCAGCACUCAGGUGACGAUCGUCGGAUCCAACGAUCCGAUCCAUACGAUCAUCGACAGAAUUCGCGAUUCGAAAAUGUCGCGAAACGUGAUCAUCGUGCAACAGUUCGAAUCGCUUCAACAAGCAACUCUCGACGCGAUCAUCGGAUUGCUCUACUCGAACGAGACGAUUCGCAAGAAGAUCGACACCGUCCGAUUGGUGGUUUGCGUUUCGACGUCGUUCGCGUUCUUCGACACCAACUGCACAAUCGAUUCGAUCAAUUUGUUGAGCGUUCGACAAUUCAAGUUCACGCGUCUCGACGAGAUUUUCGAAUCGAUCGUGACGACCGACAUCGCGCCGGCCAUCUUCUCGGGACCAUUCUUGAACUAUCUCCACAAUCGCUUCUUCAAUUGCGACUAUUCGGUGUCGGCGCUGAUCAAAGCGGUCCAAUUCGCGUUCUUGGCGAAAUAUUUGCAAGAUCCGCUGUGGAAAAUGGAUAACACCGAUCAUAGUCGACAAAUUGAAAACUACGAGUUAUUGCUGAAAUUUGUCAACGACGAGAUUUUUGUCGACAAAUCGCUUCGCGACUUGCACGUCGCGAUUCAAACAGACGCCGAUUUUUGGAAGAACUCGGAAAAUUCGAUAGAGAAUUGGAAGCGAUUCCAAUUCGAGACGCGCAAUCUCGUCAAUUUUGAGCAAUUUUUGACGAGACUUGAGAGAAUUUCGCCGAAAAUUGAAUCGACGUUCGACGAGAAGCUCAAAACGCUUAUGAAGAAUGUGGAGGCGGCGGUUGAGACGGAGAACACGGAGGCGACGACGACGACGCAGCGAUCGCCGUUGAAGACGCCGAGAAAGAGUAUGACGUUUUUGGAGAUGCAGAGACAGCGGCACGCCGAGAUGGCGAAGAAGCACAACAAUUCGCUGAUGAGCGCGAAACUCGAGGUGUUCAAAGCGAUUUUGGAAUUCUUCAAAAAACACCUACGACCGUAUCCGUCGACGUGGCGCAACGUGAUUGGCGGCGAUCAUUUUGCGAGCGAACUGACGACGACGGGUCUCGACGCGAACGACGAGAUUGACAUUGAGCGAGCGCUUCUCGUCGACGAGAAAUUCAAGAACGAGCCGAUCGCCAUCGCGUGGAAAUGCCUUUUAAGGCAGAAUCAAUUCAAAAGUGUCAAAAUUGAAGUGUGGGCUCAGGAAUUUAUGAAGAAGUUUAAAUCGAAAAACGAAGCGUCGGAUGCGUUUUUCGCCGCUGCCGGCCAAUUGGAGCAUAUGGGAUUGAUACGAGCUGGCGCUGAUCGGAAAUCGACAAAGGUUCACAUUUUGUACCAUCCGAUCUCAUUUGAGCCGAAUUUGUGA